GAUUUGAUAUAAUCUUUGGCUACCUAUAUAUGAUCACAAUUUAUGGUUCAUCUAUUGGCCAGCGAUGGUGUCCAACGCGGGAAAGAUGUUACUCAAGAAUACCAUUCAAUCACUGGAACUCCAGAAUAAGAUUAAAGAAGAGAAAGAAAUGUGGAGUAAAUUGAAGAAUGAGAAGGAGUUGGAGAGAAAUACAAGACAUAAACGACACAAUUAUGAAGACUAUAAUGACAACAAAAGACGUGAAACAGAAGGUGGUUGCAGUGGUGAUCGCAAAAGACACAAAUCAAACAAUAAAAAGGAUAACUAUUGGCUCAAAAAAUUGAUGACCGCAGAGGAACAACUGUCCGGUGAAAGAUGGACUCAUAAUGGCUUUAAAGAGCUCUAUGAAGAGGAGUUAGCUUCAAAUAAAAGCACUUCCGAUGAUUCAAGUGAUGAAUCAAACAAAAAAAGAAAUAAAAAGAAAAGAAAGAAAGAGAAGAGAAAACAUAAGAAGAAACACAAAAGACAUAAAAAAGACAUUAAAAAAAGUAAAAAAUAAUUUUUUCAAUAAUAAAAAUAAUUCAAAAAAUAAUUGUAGAAAAUUAUUGACAUUUUUAAAUAU